AAGAUGUGCAGGGUAUCGUGGAAAUAUUCAGGACGAUGGUGGGGAUGAAAAUGCUAAAGACGUUGUCCUUUACCCAUUUCAAAAUGCCCUCAGAAGCACUGGAGUAUCUGCUAGACCAUCUAUCAGGGUUACAAUCGCUGGAAAUCGACGGAUGGGAGUGCAAGGCAUCCCCGGGUCUACUGUUGGAUCCUAUUACAGGGCUGCUGGCGCCGACCGAAGCAGCCCUGGAAGCGGUGGCAACAAGAAGUGGUAGAAGCCUACAGCCUUCGGAGCGACAAUAAGAUCUGCAGCAGCAGAGUAAGCUACGCUCACUCCACUUGGAUGGGGCUCAGGAUGGAUAUGGGUCCAUCCUCAGAAUCACCCGGCGCUCUCCUCUACUCGAAUGUCUCUCGCUCUCCCAGACGCUCAUGGAUGACUUGGACCUCCGCAUGUCGCCUGGAAUGGAGCAGUUUUGUCAGAAACUGCAAUCUCACUGCUUCCAUCUUGAGCAGCUUCGGCUCUUUCGGAAUGCCAUCGACACCGAGGGCCUUGAAUGUUUUCUCUCAGCGUUUCCGAGGAUGAGACGAUUAGGGAUCACGGAGGUUGAGCUAUCACAUUGCAGAAUUCUGACCACGAUUGUUAGGCACGAGGCGUUCUGGGAAACACUCGAGGAUCUCCAGAUAACAAAUUGUGGCAGCCACCCGUCCGAGACUUGCUUGGCCGCACUUCUGGCGCUCUUGAGGCGGUGCAAGGUACUGAAAAGGAUCUCGAUACCGAGGUGUGUAAUAGACGCGGAGGAGAGAAUUCGACAGGAAGACGAGUUUUAUGGGGCUUUUGCAUGUCGAGGAUUAGAGGUAGUUGAGAUGACGUUCCUUGAACCCUGCGGCAGCUUGGUGUUUCCGGAUGCGUAUAAGGCUGGACAUAUUCCGUCAGCGCUGAUGCGACCCAGGGCAAGGAAAUAUGCGAUUCCCAUCAUCACAACUGAGGCCUUCUUUUGCGCAGUGACUCCAGGUGGAUCAGGUGUUCGAGGCAUUCACAGAGAAGGUGCCACAGGAAGCGAUGACCACGAGGCACUUCAAGCUCAGUAUGGCAUGAACGAUAUCCCGAAUGACAUUAAUAUGGCAUGCUGUGUACAGUACUGGGCAAAGUCCUUGGCGACGGCCAAGGCCAUGGCGACAACGACCGAAGCUAUGGUGAACGUAACUUCAGCAGCUGAAGCAUAUACUAAGAAGAAACAGUACAGAGUUAUUUCGUUGGCCUUGAAGGCAGACUUCAUCAAGGAUUUACGCGCCGAACAACAACAGACAGGGUAUCCAUCCUGCUAUGCUGCAAUGCUGAUGGGUCGGACAAGCGGAUGCCAUUUGUGCUGUGCAAGACUUAAACCUCGUUCCAAGGGCAGUAGAUACAUGACACAGGUCUUAUUCAAGGAAUGGCUUCAGGAACUCAAUACUGCUAUGGAAAAGCGACAUAUUGCUUUGAUGAUGGACAAUGGCAACACCGACGAACUUGGUCUCAAGGAUAUUGAUUUUAUUCGACUACCCCAACAUCAGUCGCUCAGCCUUUGGAUGCAGGGACCAUCCCAUCGUUCAAAGUGA